ACACACCUAAGGGUCAUUGUUUACAUCCAUCAAUGCAUGCCAUUCUCGCCUGUAUGUUUCUGCAGUCUUACAGUGCAGCAGAGCUUUAGAGGACACAGAUCAGACUGAGAAAUACACAUCGAACCACAAGUUCUAUCCUUCGUUCUGACAGAGACUGACUGAGAGCCUCAGCAUCUGAGCUCCCGAGAAGAUCAGACCAGCGGGAAGUCCUUGUGGAUUUAAUCAUUCCUGUUUAGAUCUUCCAAACCCAGCUGCAAACAUUUCACCUCCAGCAGCCAUGUACAGCUCCAGCUACUCCAGGGCCAAGUUUGGCCUGGAGGCAAGAGAACCGCUGCACAGACGCAAAGGGAAGAGCUGCGGCUACUACAUGAGGAUCGUCUUCUUCUUCUCCUCCCUCAUCCAGUCCCUCAUCAUCGUCAGCCUGGUGCUGUUCCUCAUAUAUGGGCAGCCGGAGAAGUCCGCAGCGGAGAAGAGGGUCAAGGAGCUGGAGCUGAGCUUCAACAGGCUGAGUGAGAACCACAUCCAGCUGGGCAAGGAGAAAGGAGAUCUGGGAGCUCAGCUGGUAGCUCGAACAGCUGAGAAAGCUAAUCUGGAGAAAGAGAUAACAAAGCUGAAGACUGAUUCCAACAAAACGGAACAAGACCUGAGAAAUAAAUUGGGUACCUGUGCCACGACACUGUCCUUGAUGUCACGACGUCCCACCACACCCAUCAUGCCUCCUCUUCUGGUCACCUCCAGCAAUGAACUGAAGACUCUGCAGACCCACAAUGCUCAGCAGAAAGCGAUGAUAAAUCUCAUUCAUUCAAACUUCACUCAGACGGUUCAGUAUCUGAGCCAGGAGAGAGACAACGCCCUCAGAGACCGAGACACGCUCCACCAGGACGCCAUCACCCUGCGCAGUAAUAACACCAUGCUGAAGGAGCAGCUCACCGCCUACACCAGGAAGUGCAAAGAGGACUUUGCGCAUUCUUUGGACGGGAUCAAGACAGUGACCAGGGACUUCCUGAACCGGAUCAACAACCUGUUUCCCCACCAGCUGACCUUCCACCUCACCUGUGCAAGCCAGAAGGAGCAAAUGGAGAAGAUAAGAAACAGCUGCACGAACCUGUCCAGAGACGUGGAGGACAAGUUCCAGCUGUAUCUGGACAACGUGGGCAACAAGGUGGCUGAGAUUCAGGCCAUGUCCAGUCGACUGGAGGUGCAAAACCUACAUGUGACUGCCAACCUGAAGCAGUGUGAACAAGACCUCAGUGAGACGAUUGCCAAGAACGCCAAGCAGAUAGAGCUCAACCAGAAGACCCACGACGACCAGGUGGAGAAAUUACUGAAGGAGCAAAACCGACUGAGAGACCAACAGAAAGAGCAGGAAGAACGUUGGGCCCUGAAAAACAGAGAGGUUCAGAGGCUCCAGGCAAUGGUGGCCAACGUUAAGCCCAGUCCUCCUAAACCUGCUGCCCUGCAAGCAGCUCCACAGCCGGACGGACAGACUGCACCCAACUGGUCUUCUGGUGGAGCACCUGGAAGCAGCAAAACUCCAACGGUGAGAUGAAAUGAACCGUCCAUCCAUCCAUUGGUUCUUCCUGGAGGAGGAGACCCCCGACACUGUGAUCAACAUUCAAGAAGUACAUGUACAUAUUCCUAAUAUAUCACAUUUCAACAAAACACAACCUGUAAAUACUUUGCCUCCAUAUUAAUGGCAUGAACUUGCUUUUUAUUUUUAUUUUUUAGCUCAACUUGUAACUGUAGAUUCUGUUGUGUUUAACUUGUGUUUAAAAUUUGCUGUGAAUUGUUUUAGUAUCUUAUACUUCAGUGAAUGUACAAAUUCAAACAACACUGGUGUGAGUACUCUCUCUUGUGUGCCACUCGCUGUGGUUUGUGUGAAAACAGACACUAAAAAAAUCAGUUCUUUCCUGUGGAAUUGAUAUUAAAUGAACCAAAAACCGCCCCACUCCUCAACAACAUUGUCAUCCGACUCUUUUGAUCUGCUGGCAUUAAAAAUAAAACAGACCCUCAAACAGGACUUCAGGCAGCAGCUGCUCACUUGUCUGCUAAAAACAGAUUCUCUUUAAAUAGCUGCAUUUAAAGUUUCCUCGUGAUUCGCACGUCCAAAAGCCUGGAUGACAAUACAGACCAGUCAUAAGUACAGCAUCACGUCCGCUGAGCGUUUAGCUGUCCUGAACAUUAAAGGUCAAAAAAGAAGUCUUUACCUAAAAAUAACCUUGAGAAGCAACUAAUUGCCAUUUUUAUGGUGCAUUUUACAAAUGCAGUGGCUAUUAUAUGGACUAUUCUCAAGCUUUACUACUUCCCUUUCCUUCCAUAAGAACAAGGCAAUGAGCACAAGCAUUUCUGUGGCAGGAGACCGCUAUUGUUUGACUUUAUGAUUAUUGUAGGACCAUUUUGGUACAGAAGAAAUAACCGGAGAAGAAAUAGCACAAAUUAAGCAUUUUUUAAAGUAAAAGGACAUAUGACUCAUCAUGUUGAAGACGUCAUUUCAUGUGGUCUGAACUGUUUUGUGCUUCUGAUUGGAAGACUGACAACUGAUGUUUGUGUAAAUACUGUAUACUUAAUAAAGGAAUACAAAAGCA